CUGGCGAUUCUCUCUUAAUCUUCUCCUCAUUGCUUCUUCAACGUCUUUUUCUUUCUGACGAUCGUUUGUUUACCAUCUGUUGAUAUACCACGCUCGUUCAUUUUCGGUCAUCAGCACCGCCGUCACUCCUUCCGUAUUGAAAUUCAGGGUCUUCCGGGGGAAAGCCCUAUACAGUCUCUUACCAAAUCCACGUUAAUAAUUGUUACGGAAGCGUUGCGUCUAAUCGCUCAUCUACAUACAAAAUGAUCCCCACAUACGGUCGCAUCCUCGCUGCAGCCUGCGCGCUCGCAACCACCGCAAGCGCAGUUACUCCUAUUGAGGUCAAGGGAAAGGACUUUGUCAACAGCAAGACCGGUGAUCGGUUCCAGAUUCUCGGUGUUGACUACCAGCCCGGUGGUACCAACGCCGUUGACGGCAAAUCCGAUCCUCUGUCUGAUCGCGAAGCGUGUCUGCGUGAUGCUGCCCUUAUGCAGCAACUGGGUGUGAACACCAUCCGUAUUUACAACUUGUCGCCGAAACUCAACCACGAUGAGUGUGUUUCUAUUUUCAAUGCCGCCGGUAUUUACAUGAUUCUCGAUGUCAACUCGCCUCUGUACCCUGGCUACAUCGACCGUACGGCUCCCUGGACAACCUACACCAAGGACUAUUACACUCAAGUCUUUGGUAUUAUCGAGGCGUUCAAGGACUACCCCAACACCCUUGCGUUCUUUGCUGGUAACGAGGUUAUCAAUGAGGACAGUGUUGAGCAGGUCCCUCAGUAUAUCCGCGCUGUCCAACGUGACAUGAAAGAAUACAUCUCGAAGCACCUUGACCGCGAAAUCCCUGUCGGUUACUCUGCUGCCGAUGUCCGUCCCAUCCUUGAGGACACCCUGAACUAUUUCAUGUGCGAGGACGAGGACUACCCCAACUCCUCCUCUGACUUCUUUGGUCUGAACUCUUACUCGUGGUGCGGAGAUGCGAGCUACAAGAGCGCCGGCUACGACGUUCUCACAGAGAUGAUGUCUGAAGCCACCAUCCCUGUCUUCUUCUCCGAGUACGGCUGCAAUGAAGUUCAACCCCGUAAGUUCACCGAGGUUCAGGCCAUCUAUGGCGAAGAGAUGACCCAGACUUUCUCCGGUGGUCUUGUCUACGAGUACACCCAGGAGGAGAACGACUACGGUCUCGUCAAGAUUAACAACAACGACACCGUCACCCUCCUCGUCGACUUUGACAACCUGCAGACUCAGUACGCUAAGCUCGACAUGGACCGCAUUUCCGCCUCCAACGCCAGCCAGACCAGCGUCAAGCCCAUCAAGUGCAGCGCCGACCUCAUCAAGAACGGUACCUUCAGCUCCAACUUCACCCUCCCUGCCAAGCCCCCUGGUGUCCAGGACUUGAUCAACAAUGGCUACUCCAAGGUCGACGCCGGUAAGCUCGUUGACGUCGAGUCUGAGGAGGUUUCCACGACCAUCUACGACCACAACGGCAAGGAAAUUACCGGCCUCAAGCUGACUGUUCUUGCCGACGGUGAGUCUAACCAGCCCGGCUCCAGCUCUAUUGGCUCCAGCUCCAAUUCUGGCAGCGACUCGGACUCCGGCGAUGAUGACAAUGCCGCCGGCAUUGUCGCUAUUCCUGUCGGCCUAGCUACUAUUGCCGCUACCCUUUUUGGUUUGGUCAUGCUAUAGAUAGCCAGCAUACCUCAAUUCGUACAUAAGACUUCUUCAGGUUCUUCUCUGUUCCUCUCAUCACCCCUUUGACCUGUAUCUAUUUCAUUCUUAGAUAACGUCUCGCUUGGCCUAUAUUAUACUUCUCAAAUGUUUU